CAUGCGCGGGGUGCCCCGCGGCCACUAUGUACGUGGGCUAUGUGCUCGACAAGGACUCCCCGGUGUACCCUGGCCCCGCCCGGCCCGCCAGCCUCGGCCUGGGCCCCCAAGCUUACGGGCCGCCGGGCCCGCCCCCCGCGGCCCCGCAGUACCCUGACUUCACUGGCUACUCUCACGUGGAGCCGGCCCCGGCGGCCGCGACGGCCUGGGGCGCGCCCUUCCCUGCGCCCAAGGACGACUGGGCCGCCUAUGGCCCCGGCCCCGCGGCCCCCGCCGCCAGCUCAGCCCAGCUGGCCUUUGGGCCCCCUCCGGACUUUAGCUCUGUGCCUGCACCCCCUGGGCCUGGCCCGGGCCUCCUGGCGCAGCCCCUGGGCGGCCCGGGAGCCCCAUCGUCACCCGGAACACAGAGGCGGACGCCCUACGAAUGGAUGCGGCGCAGCGUGGCGGCCGGCGGCGGUGGCAGCAGCGGUAAGACCCGGACCAAGGACAAGUACCGCGUGGUCUACACCGACCACCAGCGCCUGGAGCUGGAGAAGGAGUUCCAUUACAGCCGUUACAUCACCAUCCGGCGGAAGUCCGAGCUGGCUGCCACCCUGGGGCUCACUGAGCGGCAGGUGAAGAUCUGGUUCCAAAACCGGCGGGCAAAGGAGCGCAAAGUGAACAAGAAGCAGCAGCAGCCGCCGCCACCCCCCCAGCUGCCGCCGCCGCCCCCCCUCGAUGGCACUCCCAGCCCGGCUGGACCGCCCCUGGGGGGCCUGUGCCCCAGUGGCGCUGGCCUCCUGGGCACCUCCUCCCCCAUGCCCGUCAAGGAGGAGUUUCUGCCCUAGCCCCCUGUGCGGCCCCACGGGCUGGGGCACCUGGGGACUCAGGCGCUAGGACUGUGGCUCCUGUGGGGCCCAAGAGGCCCAGUGUGAGUCCAGCCCUGCCACCUGCGUGUAGCGAGCCUGCUGGGCAAGGGCCUCUUCCAGUUCCUGUGGCCCGGGCCCCUGGGGGAGCAGGGAGUCCGGUGAGGAGGCUCUGCCUCCCAGGGACAUCUCAAGGCCCAGGCCGCUGCAUGAGGCCCCGCCUCCUCUGUGGGUUAUUGGGGGUGGAGUGGGAGACUAGGAGGGGGCCCCCAGAGAAAGCGGAUGGAGUGGAGAGAUGGUGGGGUGCUUGCAGACAGGACCUGUGGGUGAGAACGGGGUCUUACAGCCUCACCUCCGCGCCUGCCCCAUCCGACCAGGCUCGGCCCUCCCCAGCCUGGAGGCUGAGCCCAAGGCCCUGGGACUGAGCACCCCUCAGGCUGCAGAGCCACUUCCUCUGCGAGGGAGGCUGCUGGUGAGCCGGGUUCCUCCCCCAGCCCCAGGGAGCCCCGAAGGCUCCCUGGGACCGGGCGGAGCACUCGGCUGGACGGGUGUUGUGUGGCGAGCGGAACCUGAGGAUGG